UGAGAGAGAGCGGCGCUUCUUCCGGUUGGGCCUAGCCGAGGGAGAGGCAGCCACGCUUCCCGGGAUCAGUGUGUGAGUGGAAGGUAACUUCUGAACAAGUACUGCAAGAAACACCUUGUGAGAGCUUUGCCUGAGGAGUGCUGUCUGUCCAAAGUGACUUCAAGAUACACAGCAAUGACAACAUGAAAAAAUAAGCAGUAGAAAAAAUGUAUUUCAAGCUACAUACCUCUGCUGUUAAGAGGGGAAAUAAGAUUUUGCUGUAAAAAGAGAGGCUUGGGAAAGCGAGCAGAAGGUUACAGCAAUUAAAAAACUGUGCUGUCCACGAUGUUAUAUGUGUGAACCCCUGGCAUAAUAAUUAAAUUGUAAGUGUAAAAGAAUGGCAAGUCCCCUACCUCCCUAUCCUAGAUCAGACACAGGGGAGAAGUUACAUCAGUGUAUGGAAUGUGGAAAACAAUUUGAUAGGAAAAGUAAACUUACUGUACAUGAACGGACCCACACAGGGGAAAAGCCCUAUAAAUGCAUGGAAUGUGGAGAAGGCUUCAGUCAGAGUGCGCAUCUGCAUUCCCAUCAAAGGACCCACACAGGGGAGAAGCCAUAUAAAUGCAUGGAAUGUGGAGAAAGCUUCAGUAGGAGUGGCAGUUUACGUUUCCAUCACAGGACUCACACAGGGGAGAAACCAUAUAAAUGCAUGGAAUGUGGAAAGAGCUUCAGUCACAGUCACAAUCUGCGUUCCCAUCUAAGGACGCACACAGGGGAAAAGCCACAUAAAUGCACAGAAUGCGAAAAAAGCUUCAGUCGCAGUGACAAACUACAUUCACAUCUAAGGACCCACUCAGGAGAGAAGCCAUAUAAAUGCAUGGAAUGUGGAGAGAGCUUCAGUCACAGUGGUAGUCUACGUUGCCAUCAAAGAACCCACACAGGGGAGAAGCCAUAUAAAUGCAUGGAAUGUGGCAUGAGCUUCAGUCGGAAUGGCAAUCUACGUUCCCAUAAAAGAACCCACACAGGAGAGAAGCCACAUAAAUGCAUGGAAUGCGGAGAGAGCUUCAGUCGGAGUGGACAUCUGCAUUCCCAUCAAAGGACCCACACAGGGGAGAAGCCAUAUAAAUGCAUGGAAUGUGGAAAGAGCUUCAGUCAGAGUGGCCAUCUACGUUCCCAUCAAAGGACUCACACAGGGGAGAAGCCAUAUAAAUGCAUGGAAUGUGGAGAAAGCUUCAGUCACAGUGGCAGUCUACGUUCCCAUCAAAGGACCCACACAGGGGAGAAGCCAUAUAAAUGCAUGGAAUGUGGAGAAAGCUUCAGUCGCAGUGGCAGUCUACGUUCCCAUCACUGGACCCACACAGGGGAGAAGCCAUAUAAAUGCAUGGAAUGUGGAAAGGGCUUCAGUCAGAGUAACAAGCUACGUACCCACCAAAGGAGCCACACAGGGGAGAAGCCUUAUAAAUGCAUGGAAUGUGGAAAGAGCUUCAGUCAGAGUGGACAUCUUCGUUCCCAUCUAAGGACCCACACAGGGGAGAAGCCAUAUAAAUGCAUGGAAUGUGGAGAAAGUUUCAGUCAGAGUGGACAUUUGGGUUCCCAUCUAAUGACCCACACAGGUGAAAAGCCACAUAAAUGCAUGGAAUGUGGAAAAAGCUUCACCCACAGUUACAGUCUAAGUUCCCAUCAAAGGACCCACACAGAGGAGAAGCCAUAGAAAUGUAUAGAAUGUAGAGAGCGUUUCAGUCAGAGUAAUUAUCUGCAUUCUUAUCAAAGGAUGCACAUAAGGGAGAAGCCAUAUAAAUGCAUGGAAUGAGAAAAGAGCUUCAGUUUGUGAGGCCGUGGUGAAAUCAUGUGUAACUUGUUGUCCAUGAGGACUCCAAGAUCUUUUUCACACAUACUGCUCUCGAGCCAUGCAUCUCCCAUUCUGUAUCUUUGCAUUUCAUUUUUCCUGCCUAAGUGGAGUAUCGUUACAAAUACAAGAAAUGCAAAGAUACAGAAUGGGAAAAGUAUGGCUUGAGAGCAGUACGUGUGAAAAAGAUUGUCGGAGUCCUCGUGGACAAGAAGUUAAACAUGAGUCAACAAUGUGAUGUGGCGGCAGAAAAAGCCAAUGGGAUUUUGGCCUGCAUCAAUAGGAGUCUAGUGUGUAGAUUCAGGGAAGUCAUGCUACCCCUCUAUUCCGCCUUGGUUAAACCACACCUGGAAUAUUGUGUCCAAUUCUGGGCACCACAAUUGAAGAGAGAUACUAACAAGCUGGAAUGUGUCCAGAGGAAGGUGACUAAAAUGAUCAAGGGUCUGGAGAACAAGCCCUAUGAGGAGUGGCUUAAAUUACUGGUUAUGUGAAAGGAAGUCAUAGGGAGGAGGGCGCAAGCUUGUUUCCUGCUGCCCUGGAGACGGAAUGGAGGAAUGGCUUCAAACUACAAGAAAGGAGAUUCCAUCUGAAUGUUAGGAAGAACUUCCUGACUGUGAGAGCCGUUCAGCAGUGGAACUCUGUGCCCCAGAGUGUGGGAAAGGCUCCUCCUUUGGAGGCUUUUGAACAGAGGCUGGAUGGUCAUCUGUCAGGGGUGCUUAGAAUGCAGUUUUCCUGAUUCUUGGCAGAAUGGGGUUGGACUGGAUGGCCCAUGAGGCCUCUUCCAACUCUAUGAUGGCUACUGGGAGCAGGUCUCACUCAGAGGGGCACUUUUCUCAGUAUUGCAGCAACCUUCCAAGAGGUUCACCUAACCUCCUCCACAAAGAUAUCCAUCACAGGCUUCUAGUAUGAUCUGUGAAGGUUUGCUGAAAUGAGCAGCAGCUGAGAUCUCUGGAUAAAAGGGUUCUGAAAAAGAAGAGCUCUUUGUAACAGCGCUCCAUGCAGUCAUGCCGGCCACAUGACCUUGGAGAUGUCUUCGGCUUAGAAAUAGAGAUGAGCACCAACCCCAUGACUGGACUUAAUGUCAGGGGAAAACUUUCAUCUUGGUAGCAGGUAACGUCAUAUCUUCCUUCUUUUGACUCGUCUUGGCUCUACUGCCCCUUGGUUAGAAUUUUGGGCUCCAGCCAUGUACAUGUAACCCUUUUCUGGACUUUAUUGUAUCCUGAAUAGUUGACUCUAAAUUCUGGACGGACUUCUGGUUUCAUUUACGAACCAGGACUUUGUUUUUAUCCCUGAAUUUCUGGCUUGACUUUGGGACUCUGAAUUCGGUUUGUACUCUUGAUUUCCUGCUUGUUAUUUUAUCACCUCCGUAGAAUGAACUCCUGGAAUAUGUCUAUUGGAUUGUAGCCUUGGCUAUAGUUUCUUCUUGCUCCUGACCUGGAUCUGCCGUGCUCAACUUGUCUACAUUAAUUGGACUCUUGACCUUAAGUUGUGUUCAUUGUUACUUUGACUGUGUUGCUGCAAUUGUAUUAUUUUAGCCGGUUAAACCCUUGUGCCAGCUGAACUGCUGACUUGAAGGCUGGUGGCUCGAAUCCGUGAGACGGAGUGAGAUCCCAUCUGUCAGCCCUAGCUUCCCAUGCGGACACAUGAGAGAAGCCUCCCAGCAGGAUGGUAACACAUCCGGGUGUCUCCUGGGCAACAUCUUUGUAGACGUCACAUUCUUUUACUCCAUAAGUAACUUGCAGUAUGUUCUCUAUUCUUUGUAGACAUCCAAUUCUCUCAUACUAAAAGUGACUUGCAAUAUUGUUUCUGACACGAUUAAAAAAAAGCCGGACUCAAGAA